GCUGGGAAUGCCCCCUUAAAACUGGGGCUCUCAGUUUUAAAGUAGUUCUCUGGUCCCCGCUCUUUUCUGAUCCUCUCACACCAGACAGUCCCAAAUCUCUCCAUGAAUUUGUGAGUAGAAGGCAUGGCAGGUCCCUAGGCAGAGGAUGAGGUAGGGCUGAUGGGAUGGAGACCAGGGGUGGACUGUUGGGAGUCAUCACUGGGUGUGACUCCCCAGACACGUCAGCCCGGGGCCUUGGGUGCUAGACUUAGGACGGUUCUUGCCUAUGCUUCUGGAUCCAGGCCGGUGGGAAUUCCACGGUGCCCGCUCUGUGCCUCACUCUGGACAGUGCUGGGGAUAUAGCAUGGUCAAGGCAGUCCUGAGCCCUACUCUCACGGGUCUCCCAGUCCAGAGGUAACACAGACUUUCUAAAUGGUGACGGCACCAAGUGGUCAGCUGGGAAAGCCGGAGGUGGAGAGUUUGGUGAGGGGAGCUGGACAAGAGAACAGUUUUAAAGAUAGCCAGGGUAAAAGACUCUGAUUGCAUUUCUGUGGCCUAGUAUCCUCCUUUCCCAACAACUGGAGUCAUUCCUUUAUCCCCUCUGGACAUGUGGUAUUCCUGGCCCCUUGUGAGGGACAGUCCUGGGGCACAGGAGUGGCCAGUUCAGCCCCUUCCCUUAUAGUACCUCAGAGCCUUGUGAAUGGGACACAGGCUGCAAAAAGGCAGGAGGAAGGCUGACCAGCUUUGAGAUUGGGGCUGGGGCAUUAGAAUGUGAGAUGGAGCCAAGACUGGUGGCUAGUUGGGCUAAAAGGGACCCUACAGUACCCCUGCCCCCACUCCGCCUAUCCCGGAGAGCAGAAGGAAGGGCCUUGGCCCCCAUCUGGGAAAUCCCCUUCCUUGCAGGUCCACAUGUAGGGCAACAGCACCCUCUGCUGACCUCUCUGGGUAAUCUCUUAAGUGUAGUCUCCACCCAUCUGCUGUGUAGCAAAUGGGCCUCCAGAUCCCUCAUCCUGGCGAUGCCAAUGGGAAGUUAUUCCCUUGCUCCUGUCCAGUGUCUGGAUCAUUGCACCAGCCUCCUCACAGAUUCCCCUUACCUCUAGUCCUUUACCCUGAUGCCCUCCUGCCUGCUACCUGAAGGAUAAAGGAGCUCAAGCUACUUAGUGCAGCUUAUGAGCCCCCCACCCCCACCCGUGUGCCUGGCUCCUGGUGACCUCUCUGGCUUCAUCUUUUGCUGUUCCUCUGAACUUUAGAUCGGUGGUUUUAAGUCCUGCUCAUCGUUCAGGUCUCAGCUUGGGUGUCUCUUCCUGGAAGGAUGCCUUCCCUGACCCUCCAGGCUGGGGUAGGCAACCCCAUAAGAUCCCUGGCCACUCAGGGUAGUCACUUGCGUGGUGUCUGCCUACUUUGUUGGUAACUCACACUUGGAGUCCCUACCCAACACCUCAAGCAGAUCAGGACCAAGGUUGUCCCCCCUCCACAUCUGCAAAUUCCCAAGGUCCUGGGAACACAGUGGGAAGCUCUGUCUGAUCUCACCGCCCAUAUCCUGCUAGCCAGGGACUGGCUGUGAUGCCAGAAGCAAGAGACAAGCUUAGUUAUUCUUUGAGGUGGUGAAGGACAAAAAGGGGAUGGAUUGGAGUCAAAGCCAGACCAUAAACCCUCAAGAGGCUCUGGAAGGUGGCCAUUCAACUAUCCAUCCAAAAAGUAAGCAUGCCAGACUUUGAAGUUCGAGCAGUGAACAGUAGUUCAGAUCCCUCCAGACAGUGCAAUUCUGCAGCAGGUCAGAUAGGGGUGGGGGAGGAAGAGUGGACGAGACUCCCCUGACUCCAGCGCCCUUAACCUUCCUGGCUGCGAGAAGGCGGGACCUGGAGGGGGGGGGCGCAUGCGCAAAGGAAGGUUCGCCUUCAGCCCGGAACUGUUGUUUCGGACUCGGCGGAGCACCGGGACCCAGGAGUGUGCUCGGCCGGAAGUGGCCGCUGAGGACUUGGGACCAGAAUUGGCGUGCGGGGCCUGCCGCGGCGGUUAACAAGUAAUAGAGAAUCAGGAUGGAGACCGUGGCGACCACGGCGGCGGCGAGGGAACCCGAUGAAGGCUGCACAGAGCCCAGUACUGGGCACUGGGGGGAGCUGAGCUGGACGCCUGUCCCACCCAGACCCCAGGACAAGGUGAAAGCAGCAGAGGGAGCACCAGAGGCCCCGAAUGGUGGCCCCCCUGGGGUUGAGGAUGCGGCGGUGAGUGCCAUGCUGCGUGCCGUGGCCGCCAGCCGCCUGCCCGUGUGCAGCCAGCAGCAGGGCGAGCCUGACCUGACCGAGCAGGAGAAGGUGGCCAUCCUGGGCCAGCUGUACCAUGAGAAGCCGCUGGUGUUCCUGGAGCGCUUCCGCACGAGCCUCCGUGAGGAGCACCUGGCCUGCUUUGGCCACUUGCGCGGUGACCAUCGGGCAGACUUCUACUGUGCCGAGGUGGCCCGGCAGGGCAGCGCCCGACCCCGCACCCUGCGCACCCGCCUGCGUAACCGGCGCUACGCUGCCCUGCGUGAGCUCAUCCAAGGUGGCGAGUACUUCAGUGACGAGCAGAUGCGGUUCCGGGCCCCGCUGCUGUACGAGCAGUACAUUGGGCAGUACCUAACCCAGGAGGAGCUCAGCGCGCGCGCCCCAGCCCACCGGCCUCCUGAGCCCGGCGCCCCCGGCACCGCCUGCCCGCUCUCUGACCUGCUGCUCCAGUCCUGCCAGGAGCGGGAGCUGCAGCAACGGCUGCUCCGACAGCAGGAGGAGGAGGAGGCCUGCCUGGAGGAGGAAGAGGAGGAAGAGGACAGCGAUGAGGAAGACCAGAGCCCCGGCAAAGACUCAGAGGCCUGGGUCCCUGACUCGGAAGAGAGGCUGAUCCUACGGGAAGAGUUCACCAGCCGGAUGCACCAGCACUUCCUGGACGGCAAGGACGGGGACUUUGACUACAGCACUGUGGAUGACAACCCCGACUUUGACAACCUAGACAUCGUGGCGCGGGAUGAGGAGGAGAGGUACUUCGACGCGGAGGAGCCCGAGGAGGCACCCAGCCCAGAGCUGGAUGGGGACUGACGGCCGCGCCGCCCACCCUGCCCGUGACUUCCUCUAGGGGACAGCAGGGCAGCCGCCCCACACCCCCGGCCUUGCUGGCUCUGGUGCCGUCCCGGCCCAGCCCCUGCCUCCUCUGUGUGCAGGGCUCCCUGCCUUCCCCCACUCUCCUUCCCUGAUCCAGGUCUGUCUCGCUGUCUCUCUCACUCGCUUUUUCUCCAUCCCUUUCCUCUUUCUACACGUCACUGUCUUUUUCCUCUCUGGCCUUCUCUCUCUCCCCUCUGUGUGCCUUGGCCUCUGUUCCCACGACUGGGCUCAGGCUGAACAUCCUCCCCCUGAUGGAGGCCAGCGGGCUCUUUGUAGCUGGAGCCGGCCAGGUCAGUGCCGGAGCGCAGCGCGGGGUCGUGAGCCCCCGGGCCCCGCCUGCUUGUCCAGCUCUGUACUGGUGGGCUCUUGCCUCCUUCAACUUCACCCUGGGCCUCUGGUGCUUCCUGCCCACACACCCCCAUCUAUCAGCCUCCAUGCCGCCUGCCUCGGCCCUCUGCCUCUCAGCCUCUCUCUGGUUUCAGUGUCCUCUCCCCCCAAACCCCAGCCUGGCUGCUGAGGAAGGAGCCUCACCAGGGAGGCUACCAGCUCCCACCUCUCCUUCAGGACCCAGGCUUGGGAGGGGGGUGUGGGGCAGCACUGGGGCCAUGGGCCUGAGAGCUUGGGUGUGGAGGGAGGGGCGUGGGGAGGGGGGCUCUCUCCUUCAGCCCCACCGGCCAGCCCCUCUCUGCCUGGCCACAAUUUUCCCUUCCUUCACUUCCUCCACCUCCUUCUCCCUCUCCUGUUUACACUCCCCAAAUACGCACAGGCUGUUAUCAUGGGUCCUGAGUCAUCCCACACACACAGCCUGCCCCAGCAUCCCUGCCCCCAGCUGGCCACAGGGCCCGCCCCACAGAGCCCCCUGCCGCCCUGGGCUAAUGGGAGCCAGAUGGCCUCUUGGUGACUCAGCCAGUUGGCCUGUGGGAACCCAGGCGUCCUGCCUUCCCAUGCCCCCAUACCCGGUUCAUGCUCCCUCAGUAGACACAGACACACACACACAGAAGGGGUCAGCUGUUGGCAGGGGGGUACAGGCCACACAGGUCAGAGAGAUAGGGCCUGGGGACCCUUCACUCCUGUGAGCCAGCAUGGUGACACCCUGCCAUAGCCAGGCCUGAAGACACUCAAAACCACCUCAGGCAUAUGGCCCGGAGAAAGGGGGAGACCCCCAAGGCCUCCCGGGACCACAGCCCUUGACCCCUGGGCCUCAGCUCUGCCCUCUGGGUCAGCCAGAACUAGAGCCAGACACAGAAAGUGAGAGCUGGCCUAGAGGCCGAGGGACAUUCACACAGAGAGACCAUUAAACGAGGAAACUUCCGGUCACUGAGCAGUUCUGUCCUAUUCCAGGCCGGAUGGGCCUGAUGCCCCAUGGAAUUCUCCAAACAACCCCGUGAACUAGGGACUCCGCUCCGUUUCAUAAGUGAGGGGAGGGGGCCAGAAGGGGAAUGUUACUUGCUCGAGGCCUCAUGGCCACUGACGAAAAGCGAGGUCUAGAACUUCACAGGUCCUAGAGACCAUUCUAGCCUGUGUGUUAGCUGUCAGGGCCACUGGGAGCAGACAGACGCACGGACUUGCUCAGAAAGGUCACGAAGAGACAGCUGUCGGGGGUGAUACCAGCAGCUAACGCUUUGGGGCCCUCCCCACGUGCUCGGCACCAUGCUGCACACGGGCUUGGAAUCAUCUCGAUGGUGUGUAAGUCAGCACCUGGACCAGAACCAUCACGGCGGUCCUACUCCUCACUUCCUGCCAGUAGCAAUGCCCUGGCUCCCAGAGAAGACCCCCGAUCGGCCGGCCAGACUCGCCCUUGGAGAGCCUGAAAGCCAGAGGAUGGAAGACGUUUGUCCCUCGGGUACACGUGUGUGUGUGUGUGUGUGUGUGCGCGUGUGCGCCCACAGUCAGAGGACUUCUCUAAGCCAGGGAGCAGCCCCGAGUGAGGUGUGCAGUUUUCAUCAGUCUUGUCAUUUGAUCCUUAAUGCUGUUUGUGAUAUACUUUGCCAUACAUAGAUUGGUUACAUAAUAAAAAGUGAUGAGAGA